GGAGGAUAAAAAGAAAAAGGAUGAAAAAAAAGAGAAAGGAAGAUAAGGAGACAAAAGAGGAAGAGAAAAGGCAAAGAGAAAGAAAGAAAAGAGGAAGAGACAAGGGAAAAGAAAAGGGAGCCGCUAGAACGCGUCGACUCGGUUUGUUUACGUUUUGCCGCGGGGAGCUGCACGUGUGGGCGGCGUUCAAAAAGAUCUACGUUUAUUUCACGUUCCUGACCUCGCCCGCCUAUAAAAGUCCUCGUUGCUCCAGGGCGUAGCUCCGUUACCCUGGGGGGCCUAUGGGGGUGCGGGGUACAGGCACCCAUCGCUCCGGGACACCUUGCCUCAGUGCUCAUCUCUGUCAAAUUAAAGACUCAAGAGCUGUGUGAAGAAGCUGAGCAGCGUCUCCCUGGCCUGGGCGUGGAGUGAGCUGGUCCCCUCAUCACCAGCACCCUAGACCAGGGGAUGAGGUGCUCCUGGCCCUCCGGCACACCCUCCUGGGCGGACCAGAGGAUGUCCACUGUGCUGCCGGGCCUCAGACAGUGAGUGCCGGGUGCAGCAGGAGGCGCUAACUCUCCCCUACCCGCUGUUUGUUGCGCUGAACAUUGGCCCGGCGCUCGUGGCUGCCUUCCUUGGCUCUUAUGUGGAGCCCGUGGCUGCCGGCAGUGGCAUCCCGCAGGUCAAGUGUUACCUGAAUGGCGCCAAGGUGUCCCGCGUGGUGAGGAUCAAGACCCUGAUGAGCAAGGCCGUGGGGGUGACCUUCUCUGUGCUGGGAGGCCGGGCCGUGGGAAAGGUCAGGUCGUGGGCAAGGUCUGUGGCCGUGAGCUGACCACCAAGAUGCUGCUGCCCACGGUGCCGGCCAUGGCCAAGGGCAGGGUGGCCAAGACUACAGAUGAUGGGCCACUCCUAGACAAAGAGGACCUGGACACACUGUUCUGCGGCACCAGCAGCAGCAGCCUGCACAUCCAUGGCCUGCAGGAGGAGGACGAGGGGACGUACAGGUGCCGGGCGGAGAACAGGGAGGACUCGCUCGACGCCGUGGCCCACAUACAGGUCCAAGUUGCUCCUAGGUUUCUGAGGCAGCCGGCCAACGCUCUCGCCUAUGAGAAGGAGAACGUGGAGCUGGAGUGCAGCGUGUACGGCCAGCCAGAGCCCUCGCUCCACUGGCUCAAGAACGGCGAGCUGCUGGUGGAGACGGAAUACCUUCAGAGUGUGAGCGGCAACAACCUGCAGAUCCUUGGCCUGGUGCGCCAGGAGUACACCGGGAUGUACCAGUGUGUGGCGCACAGCUCGCCGGGGACGCCCAGCUGUGUGUCCUUGAGUCAAAGAACGCGUCCAGAACGUGAGUGCAGCUCCUCCAGCGAGGGACGGGAUGAAUACAAGACCCAGAUCAGCGACCUAAGUCCCGGGAGUAACUACAUGGUGCGGGUGGCGGCCCACACCUCCGGCGGCCUGGUGGGCGCCUCCAUACACGAGGUGCGGGUGUUCACCAAGCCGGACCUGGACCUGCCCUCCGCCUCAGAGUCUGAAAGUUGUCUCCACCUCACCCACCAGUCUGGAGGCCACUUGGUCGCCGCCCGUACUGGCCAAAACGCCCAUCACGGGAUACACCAUGUUCUAUACGCAGUUUUCUCCUCAGGUUGGGUCAGCAGAAGAACACGAAGUAAAGGUCACUGGUACGUCACAUGACCUCCAAGGCCUGGACCAGUUCACUGAGCACAGCGUGUGGCUCACCGCCGUCAACAGUAAUGGCGGGGGAGACGCCACCCCGGAGGUCACUGCCAGAACCUUCUCAGACGUGCCCUC